AUGGCGGAUAUUUUAUUUACACCAUGCGUUGAGAGAGAGAUUGAUAGCAUGGAGCCAAUAAUUACACGUUUUCCUUUAGAUAUAUUAAAAUCAGGAAAUUUUACAAAAGUGCCGAUGAUGGUUGGCAACAAUGAUAAAGAAGGUAUUUAUUCCGUAGCAAGAGACUUUGGGACUAGUGUCAAAGAAGUGGACACAGCAGAUCUCACGAAAAACGAUUUGGUAUUUCCUAGUGAGGCAGAUAAGAAUAGGACCGCACAAGAAAUACGGCAAUUUUAUUUCUCUUCUGGGGAAGAAGAGCUUGUAAUGAACAUGGUCGAUUUAUAUUCAGACUUGCAUUUCAAGUUUCCUAUGUAUGUUGAAACGAAUCUCUUCUCUCAAGCAAUGGAAGAACCUAUAUUUUACUAUUUUUUUAAAUACAGCGGGUAUAUGAACCUGGCAAAGUUUUCGUCCAAUAACGCUGGCGUGGUUGGUGCAUCGCAUGGCGAUGAGGUCUUCUAUACACACCGAUCUUAUAUACUGCCAUACCCUGAACGAUGGUUAGAAAAUGUAAUGCGCAAACGUAUGUUGACCAUGUGGACCAACUUCGCCAAAUACAGUGACCCGACACCAGUGACGUCAGAGUUACUUCCGGUUAAGUGGCUUUCUAGUAGGGAUUCGAAUCCUUCUGCUCUCGUGAUAGAUAAUCUUUUUAGUAUUGCAACAUUAUGGGAUGAGUCUGCUAUGCGCUUUUGGAACGACAUUUACAACAAAUAUAGAAGAAGAAACUACGGCUUUAGUAACAUAAAGGAUUGUAUCCAUAAAAUUGCAGAUUGUAAUGAUACUAGUAAUAUAAAUUUAUUGGAUCCCGAGUAG